UUUUAUAGGGGAGUGAUCAUGACAAGUCAGUGCACUUGGCCUAGUCACAGCGUGAGGAGUAAGUGGUCAUGUAAAGAAUAUGUAUCCUCAGCUGGAAAUAUCUCAAUUGGCAACAACCUUAUUUUCUUUUCUCCUGGUUAUGGUGGUUGAUGCCAGCAGAGCUGGUACAUCCUGUAGGAGCCAACCAUGUGGAAGUUCCCUGCCAAGGAGUUGGAAGCUGACCAGACUCUUACACAAGGAAUCCGCUGACCUCUUAAAAAUAUAUAAGACCAGUCAAGGAGACCUCUCCGAGCUCUUCUGCAAGAUGUCGAUGGACAACGUCCCUGACCCAGACAUAUCGGGCCUAGAUCCAUCAGCGCGGAUACAGAGCAUGUAUUCCAACACCCAGAUAUUCCUCCCACAUCUCCAGAGAGUGACAGAGCAACAGACAGACCUGCAGAUCAUCUCCAGUCCUCUGCUGAGCAAACUGUCCCAGGCUUACAGCCGUACCAGCAGUUUAGGCAGCCAGAUCAGUUGCAUUUAUCAAACGUUCUUCCCUAACAGUCCACUACUGGAACCCGUUGGGGUACCCACGCCCCUGCCCCUGUCACAGAAUAUCUUCCAGCAGAAGGUUUACGGGUGUGUGGUCUUGAAGAGACUCAAGGAGUUCCUGUCAAACGCAACCCGUGAAAUAAAAGCGCUCAAACACCAAAUAUGCACGAAGGGGACUCAACCAAACGUCCCAUCCUGACUGUGACUGAGAAUGACGUCAGACUAAAUUAAAUACCAGACUUAGUAUAUAUCUAUUUAUUUAUUUUGUAUUAUUUAUUAUGUGUGUGUUUGUAAUGAAUUGAGGUAUAUUAUUUUGUUAAUUUAUCUAAUUACUCAGCACUUUUCGAUACUGUGUCAUGUUAAUUGUUGAUAUUCGCUGUAAUGCUGCACUUGUCAAUAACAUGGCUUGAAGACGGUUAUUAAAAAUGAUAUA